GUUCCCAAUAAUCUCAAUCUGUCACCAAGCCUCCCAUCUCAAAUUUCCAUCGCGAAAUAAUCCCCCAUCCUGUCGCGACGCGCAGCUUGCACUCGCCAUUCUCUUUGCCCUGCCUUUGCAGCACAGCACCCAACCCGGGGUUUCUGUGGUCUACGCAACCUUAUCAGCUCUCUCUCCCAUGUCUGCUUGAGUCCUUGCCAAAGUGCUGCGCCCUAAGACCUUUUCGGGGUCACCCACGCCUUUCUCCUUUCGAGACUUUCUCGCUCGCCCUCAAUUACCACAACUUGCAAUGGCCGACGUUGAGAAGAAAGCCCGCUUGUCGGGUGAACAGACCAGAGUCACUGAGCCAUCAGGCCCUGCUUCAUCAGCGAGCAUUCUCCCGACGACAGAAAAGCCCCAACCUCCUAAACCCUCGUUGCAUCCGUCUCUUUAUGUGAUGUGGGUGCAGUCCCCAAGCAAGACAUGUAUGGAUCGACUGAUGGAAUUGCAGAACAUGGAUUGGCUUCAGCGGAGGUGUGAUUCUAUUCAAUAAAUGGCUGUUGGAUACACUUGGAUUCAAAUUCCCCAUCACCUUGACAGCAUGGCAUAUGCUCUUUGCAACUAUGAUGACACAGCUCCUGGCGAAAACCACCACCCUCCUCGAUGGACGCAAAACCGUCAAAAUGACCGGCAAGGUCUAUCUCCGCGCAAUUCUCCCAAUCGGUUUCUUCUUCAGCUUAAGCUUGAUUUGCGGAAAUCAAGCAUAUCUCUACCUGAGUGUCGCCUUCAUUCAGAUGCUGAAAGCUUGCAUGCCGGUCGCGGUUCUGCUGACCACAUGGGCCAUGGGCGUCUCCCCUCCCAGCCUGAAGACCUUGGGUAACGUCUCAUUCAUCGUUAUCGGCGUGGUCAUCGCCUCGUAUGGCGCGAUCGAGUUUAACUUGACCGGUUUCAUGUACCAGGCUGGUGGUAUCACGUUCGAGGCCACCCGCUUGGUCCUGGUACAGCGUCUCCUCAGUUCGGCCGAAUUCAAGAUGGACCCCUUGGUGUCCCUUUACUACUUUGCGCCCGUAUGUGCUGUCAUGAAUGGUGUGACUGCAUUGGUGCUUGAGAUCCCCAACAUGAGCAUGCAAAACGUCUACGAUGUCGGCAUUUUCAUGCUGGUGGCUAAUGCGAUGGUCGCAUUCCUGCUGAACGUCUCAGUUGUCUUCCUGAUCGGAAAAACAUCAUCACUGGUCCUCACUCUUUGUGGUAUCUUGAAGGAUAUCCUGCUCGUGGCGGCGUCCAUGUUGAUCUGGGGCACCCCUGUCACCAAAACCCAGUUCUUCGGGUACUCGAUUGCGCUUGGUGGUCUUUUGUACUACAGACUGGGAGCGGAGCAACUCAAGCAAUACGUGGGCCAAGCCGGUCGAUCGUGGUCCGAAUUUGGUGUUCAGAAGCCGGCCAUGCGAAAGGCACUUAUCUUUGCCCUUGUCCUCCUUACCAUCUUCCUUCUCCUCGGCGGAUUGGCCCCCACAUACGCACCAGCACAGACGAAGAACCUGAAAGACAUGUUCAGCACCGGUCUUGGAUCAUGAAAGACAACUUCAUCUAGGGGUCCCGGGGAAAAUGAGAAAAGAGCAGAAAAAUUGGAGCUCCUCCAUCUACCGGCUGGAUUACUGGUUGAUUGAGUUUUGCAACAACAGCGACAAUCCUGAGAACACCUCACGGUUCUCGCCAACUUUGAGCACAUAGACAUUGUAUCCUUGUAUGAUAUUGCUGAGACACAAGACAAGGAGUUUGGAUAUACGGGGCAAAAUGGUAGAAAGCAUCGUAUGAGUGACGGAGGUCUCAUCUGCCACACUUGAUGCAGGACGCGACUGGGGACGUUGCUGGAGUUUUUGCAGGCACUGUCUAGCUAGCCACCCAUCUACCUAAUAACGAGAACGCCAUUGAGCAUUUUGACAUAAAA